CGGAUAGAAGGAAUCAGUAGAAUACACAAGGGAAACGUAGGGCGAUUGGAUCGGUGCAGCUUAGCCGACUAGAGAGGGAGGGAAUCUGGUUCGAAUCGCGGCGCAAAAACGGAGGCUGACAUGGCGAAUAAUAACUUUGGGAAUGGCGGGUUCGGAAAUGGUAAUAACAACAACAAUGGGAACGGAAACGGGUUCGGGAAUGGAGGGGGAGGUAAUAGCGGAGGAAGCAACAACGAAAGAACGUGCUAUAACUGCGGUAAAUUUGGACACAUCGCCCGGGACUGCUGGGCGAAGAGAGGACGUCCAAACGGCGAUUCAGAGCUAGAAGGCAUGAAGGAUUUUUACCGAGACUUCAUGAGACAGAGGGCGGAAGAGGAAGAAAAACGGAAGAAGGAGGAGGAGCGCAAGCGGAGGGAAGAGGAAGACCGACGAAGGAUGGAGGAAAUCACACGAAGCACCAACGAGAUGAGGGCACAAAUGGAAGCAGAUCUACGACGAAGAUGGCAACACCAACAAGAAGACAUGCAAAGUGAAGCUGAAGCAUUCAGAGCAAAGAUGUGCAGCUCCCUCGCGGUAGUGACGACCCCCAGCUCGAAGAAGGAAACAACCGACGACUCCGUCCGAAAGCUGCUGGCAGCCAUAUUGAGAACCACCGCGGCAAGAACCGAAGUGGACAAAGGGAAAACACCUGCGCUGACGGGAAGCCCUCCAAGGAGGGCUUUCUUCAUCGGCGAAUCGUCUAGCGCAGCGAAUAGACGAAGAAGGGUGUCGCUAGACGAGAGCCACGUUCGAGAGGAGCGCAAGAGGAACCCUACACCAAUCCAAGCAGAGACAAGGGAGUGUCAGCAGCCGAUACGACAAAGAAGAGGAGAUGUGGCAACGGCAAGGAGGAAACCGACACCAGCCCUAGCAUCCAGAUCGAAGAGAACCACCGAAGGAGGAGACAGGGACACACCGAGGAGAAGUCGUCGUGUCACGGCGAACAGAUCCGAAUCACCUAUCACUCCAGAGAAGAAGAUCCCAGCAGGAUGCUCGAAGGAGGGAAUGGUAGAAUACGCUCUAUCGGUGCAUCGCAGCCUGUCCAACAAGAAGGUCGACGUAAUCAAGAAACUAUGUAGAAAAAAUGGAGUGAGAUACACUAAGAAGAACGAGACCGUAGAUGAACUCGUGAGAGUACAUACGAGACUUGCAUACGAUGGCUUCGAGGAAGCCAAGUCACCCGACUUUGUACUGGAGACAGAUAGGGAAGAGGAGAGCGGAGAAACAGACGACGCAAAAGAAAAGGUAGCAUCGACCCCGAGGCGAAGUCCGAGGAAUGCGAAGACAGCAGGAACAUUCUCCAAGAAGAAGACAAGGAACGGUCUGUGUAUCACGAUACACCGUGCGUUUCGAAAGAAGACCGGGACAAGCAUCCGUAGUCGUAUCACGGUCAAGGUGAAAUACGACAGCAUCGUCAGUCUGAAGAAAGUCAGGGAAGCACUAGCAACUGUGAUUCGGGAGAACAACAAUCUGGGGAGGAGUGUGGCAGAUAUCCUCAUAGCUAGAUCGAGGGUAAUCUGGGAGAAGAAUAAGACAGUUGGCCAGCUGAUACAUAACCAAAGAAGCUGCCUGUUGAGGGGGUACGACCAGGUGUGCCGAUGUGAGCUUUUUCCAGACACACCGAAAAUCAACGGGCACGUUCUAUGCAGAGUCUCGGAGUUGAAGGCAGCUCCGGGGUUUGUCAAGAACUCUAAGAACGUUACUGCACCUCACCAAGACAGCUCGAGACAGGCAGACAUUACAAAAGGUAUUCAAGGAGCGGUAAACACAAGAUGGACGAACUGCAGUAUCAACAUGGAGAGGUUCAACUACCUGCAGAAAGCGGGAACGAAGUCAGCAGCAAUGACAACCACGGAGGUAAGAGCAUGGGCGGCGGAGUUCUCACAACUGGUCUUCGUCCCAGUGGAUCGGAACAACCGGGAGACUCUGUUGUUAUGUCCUACGACAUAUGUGCACGCGUUCAAAAUGACCUUUAACUUGAAUCCAAGUCUGGAGACGAUUCAGCAGGAGGAAGCAGCUGUAGUGAAGCAACUCAAAGUCGAGUUUCGAGAACAGAAACUCGAAAAGCGUGGUGCACCGGUGGCAGGUUUGGGAGACCGUAUUGCGUCCAAGCACUUCAAUCUCAACUCAAUGGCACAACUGCCAACCGCCCUUCAGAAGACAGGGCGGCAAUUCCGGAAAGCAGCAGCUGCCGAAGUGCAUGGCCAGUGCUUCGACGUCAAGGAGAUGUUCUCCAGAUUGAACCACGGAGCGAUUAGAGAAGGGGUGGACUGGCUGAUUGGCGAACACGAGGAACGAGGGAUCAAGCAGGUGAAGGUGUCGGUUCGGGGAAAAAUCUACAAGUUCGGGAGGGAUCGUAAGAAGGAGGAAGGUUUCAUUUCGAUCUCUAUGGAUGUUAUGAGGGAGGCGGUCGUCUUCUUGCUGAAGACAUCCUUCAGUGUUUGCAUAACAGAGGUCAAAUCACAAAUCUUUGGUAUCCCGAUGGGGAAACCCGUGAGUCCGAUCCUCGCAUGCAUCACCUGCGCAUACGGUGAAUACAAGUUUAUGAGAUCACUGGAGAAGGACAGAUGCUUAGUAGCUGGGAUUCGUAUGAUGGAUGACGCCAGCAUUUUCGUGGCCGAAGACCCCAAGUCAAGGGACCCAAGGGGCAAAGCAGCAGUCAUCCUGGCAAGAUUUCAAGACACAUACCACGAAGACCUCACUCUGGUCCGAAAGGACGAAGGGCAGAAUGCGUGGGAUUUCAUAGGAGGAACGGUGAUGGUAUGCACAAACCCAGCUCAAGUGCUGUUCUGGCCGUCCGACCGGAAUAUGACACUGCUCGCAAAGGAGGGAAACUUGAAGGUGCAAGGCGUACAAGAUUUCUCGUCGUAUACCCCAAAACAAGUCAAGAAGAACACGGUCUACGGCAUGAUCAAGAGAUGCGUAGACCUUGCCACAAUGGAGAUACUAGUCAUUCUAGCUCUAUUUGCCAUCUAUCAUGAGAUCCUCCUCCGGGAGUACCCCUCGGAGGUUUUCUUGGGGUGCCUGGCCAAGUUGGCCAGGCUAAAGGCCUCAAAUGGCCUUCUUGAGGUAGCACGAGUGGCAGCCGCCACGUGGGGAGUUACCCUACACGACGGUAGCCAUAAGCACGGAAGGGGCUGAAGAAAACGACAAAUGGAACGACCAUAUUCAUGCAGAUGAGAACAGGACAGAUCAGGGAUCAUUCAGGCAGUCGGCAACAACACUCAGUGAAGCUGGCACAUGACACGCAAGUCUGGAAGUCUGAAAAUGGGAAAGUGGGAUAUCUGGAUGAUGCCACGCCCCAGUUCAGGACGGGAUCAGUCAGGCAAAGUCCAAACAACAACGGUUAGCAACUCCGGGAACAGCGAGAACUUAGCCAGCGGGUGCUGACAACUAGUGAGACGGGACAUUAACAGUAGAUAAAAAUCUAACUAUGGC